AUGCCUGAUCCUAGCGAUAUGCAAUUGGAAAACUUCAAGAAGGGCCAGCCGAAACCAAAUGUGCUGACAACGUCCAACGGUGUUCCGAUUGCCAACAAAACUAAUGUACUCACUGCUGGACCCAGGGGCCCAAUGCUAAUGCAAGAUGUUAUAUACAUGGACGAAAUGGCACAUUUUGAUCGCGAAAGGAUUCCCGAAAGAGUGGUCCACGCCAAAGGAGGAGGUAUGUGCUUCAGUUCUCCAUAUUUGUCUCUAGUUCUCCCACAAUAG